CAAGAAUUCUUGCACUUUCAUCACAGUCCCUGCACUCACUAAUACCGACUAGUCCCAUCUCCAAACCCUUCGCUAUUCAUCUACCGUAUCAUGUCCAGGCGAACGACCCUCUUUGUCGCCGGGUUUUCUCUCCGCACCCGCGCCAAGGAACUCGCGUAUGAGUUCGAAAGAUAUGGGCGACUAGUCCGCUGUGAUAUUCCUGCAGCCAGAGGGUCCCAGGCUAAACCCUAUGCUUUUGUCGAGUUUGAAGAUCCCCGAGACGCUGAAGAUGCUUACUAUGAGAUGCAAGGACGUCGAAUCGAAGGUCACGCGUUGCACGUUCAGUGGGCCAAGAACACGCCUGGUCGAGGCUGGCGCUACGAGGAUGGUGGACGCAGGUCGCGCUCUCGCUCUCCACCCCGUCGCCGGGCCCACCGCGACCGCUCUCGCUCCCCCAGGUCCCCGCGAAAGCCUAGGUCGCCUGUGAAGACGGAUCGCGCUCGCACUGCGUCACCGGACGGCUUCGACGACAGGAAGGAGAACGGAGUCAAACGCGUCGAUCCGGAAGUCAAGGAAGAGAUCUCAAAGCGGUCCCCUAGCCCCAUUGGAAAUGGCGGCGCACGCAGUCCGUCUCCUCGUCCUGCUGAUGACGAUCGUAACGGGCGCUCGCCUACCCCCUGAGCUCCUUGAGAUUUUGUCUUGGGAAAAAAAGGAUGUACAGGGAAGUCCGUUUGUGAGGGAUAGGUUGGCAUUUCGGAGAUACUUCCAUCAAUAUCCCGAAGAAAUGGCCUGGACGUCGACGUUGCUGCUUUUGAUGGCCUGACGGGUGUUUUUCUUUUCUUAUGCUUUUUCU